GAGGGCUCCCGGCCGCCUAACGGGCGAAGGGAGGGAGGGAGGGAGGGGAAGGAGGGGGCGCGUCCCGAGGCCGGCGGACCCGUUCGCCCACUUUUCUCCCCCUCCCCUCUCCCCCCCUUCCCCACGCUCCAGGCAUUUUGAGCUCUCCGGCUGUUCCUGCGAAGGAGCUUCUGCUCUCCCUGGGCGCUUGGUUGUGAAAGUCGGAUCGUUUCACAAUUUAGCCCAUCAGACCAUCUGCUUGGAAUAGCCGCGUGAGCAUAAGGAAGGGUGUGCUGCUGCUGCUUUGGAGACUGAGUCAGAUUUCCAUUCUGAUCAGUGGACAAGGAGACUAACCAGCCAAAAAUGGCUGAUAUAACCAAGACAGAAGAACAUGAAGUAGAGAAGAGUUUGGUUGAAGAAGUGGAAAAAACACCUGGUACUUCAGAGUCAGAUUUGGGUCUUGGGCAUGGGGGUGAAGGUGACAGUUCCACCUCAGGUACAGUGCAGCCUGCUGCAAAUGAAAAAGAAGUUGGUCAUGGUGAUCACGACAGUAGAGCAAAGAGGAAGAAUUUAGAUUCUGCAGAUGAACCUCCGAAGAAAAUAUCUGAGAUAGGCCACGGGCAAGCUGUAGCUGCACAUUAUAAUGAACUUCAAGAAGUUGGAUUGGAAAAACGUAGCCAGUCUCGCAUAUUCUACCUCCGAAACUUUAAUAAUUGGACGAAGAGUGUCCUCAUUGGUGAAUUUAUAGACCGGGUACGACAGAAAAAGAAUGAUAUAACUGUUCUGGAUCUAGGAUGUGGCAAAGGUGGAGACUUACUGAAAUGGAAAAAAGGCAGAAUUAAAAAACUUGUUUGUACUGAUAUUGCUGACAUUUCUGUGCAGCAGUGCAAGCACCGAUAUGAAGAAAUGAAAGCCCGGUGUCGAUAUAAUGAACACAUUUUUGAUGCAGAAUUCAUACAAGCAGAUAGUACCAAGGAUCUCUUGUCUUCCAAAUAUAAUGAUCCAGAUAUGCGCUUUGACAUUUGCAGCUGUCAAUUUGUUUACCAUUACUCAUUUGAGACAUAUGAGCAGGCUGACAUGAUGCUUAAAAAUGCUUGUGGGAACCUCUCUCCUGGAGGUUAUUUCAUUGGCACAACUCCAAAUAGCUUUGAACUUGUAAAGAGACUUGAAGCUUCAGAAACAAAUUCAUUUGGGAAUAAUGUGUACAAUGUAAAAUUUGAAAAGAAGGGAGACUAUUCUUUAUUUGGCUGCAAGUAUGAUUUCCACUUGGAGGAAGUGGUUGAUGUCCCUGAGUUCUUGGUUUACUUUCCAUUACUGGAAGAAAUGGCGAAGAAGCAUGGUAUGAAAUUAGUCUAUAAAAUGACAUUUCGGGAAUUCUAUGAAGAAAAAAUCAAGAACGAGGAGCAUAAAAUGCUGUUAAGGAGGAUGCAGGCCUUGGAGCCAUAUUCUACAUCUGGUGAUUCCAGGCUUGUUUCUGAUAAACCUGAUGAUUAUGACCAUGCAAAAGAGUUCAUGAAAGAUGGCAAGGCAAAGUUACCAUUGGGAACCUUGAGUAAAUCUGAAUGGGAAGCAACAAGUAUUUACUUGGUAUUUGCAUUUGAGAAGCAGCUGUGAAACUUCACAUACCGGAUGCAGCAAGAAGAGAUCAUAUCCAUGUGCAAGUUGGAAUGGUCAGAAAUCCAUUGUGGCAACUAUUUUUUUAUUUUUUAUUUUUUAAUUAUCAGAAGUGUGCAGGACACUACCAAAAACUAGAGCAGCUCGUGAUUCAGAGUUACAUUGCCUGUCUGUGACAGAUGGACUUGUGUGUGUAUAUAUAAGAAAGAUUCUGAACUAGUCUUUUUAAGCAUUUGUAAGCAAUCUGCAUGCUCUCAAAACUUGUGUUUGAACUGACACAACUUUGUUAGACACAAAUGUUUUGUUAGUAGACGUAUGUUUGUGAUUACAAGCCUGACCCUGCACUUUCUGAAGCUGAUGGAAAGAAGAGUGUUGACUUUGAUGGUGCAGAAUGAGGGCCUAAAUACUGUACUGCAGAGCUUAGUUAAUUCAUAAUGAGAUUUAUUCAGACAUAGAGGGUAUGUCUACAUUGCAUGCAGAGCAAAAAAUACCUUAGUCAGUUUGAGUACCUCCGUGCUGUGCUCGAGCCUGCAGUGUAAAUCUACCUUAGUGGUAUUCACGGUGUAGUUUACAUGGUAAAAUCACAUGAUGUUCUUGUUUUUCCUGCUUGCUGAUACAUAGUGUCACUUCAUGGUGCUUUCACAAUUAAACGAGUUUGUUCUGUACAAAACUGCUCUGAACGUACUCAAUUUCUAAUGUUUUAAAUCUCUGCUUCGUUUUUCCAAAUAUGACUGUGUGGUAAUCGGUAACAGCUGCUGAACUUAAAUUACUUUAAGUUACAACAUUUUCUAUUGUAUUAAAGACUCUCCUGACUUUUUGGUAGUUUUAAUGUUUCUUGAAACUUACUAGGCAGAUCUUAGGAUACAUUUCUUUCUUGUUUCAUAAAAUUCCAAGUGGGCUUGGCAAUAGGAUGUUGGUAGUGAUGGGGACCUCAUUGCAGUCCUUAAGGCAUUAGAAACGUGAUCAUGUCGUGGAUCAUGAACCAGAAGGGGAACCUGUGGAACAUUUGAGGAUAACAGCAGUUCACUCUGGAAGGGAGGGCUGUGUAUGUGUGUACAUACCCUGGUACAUGUGGGUAACAAUCCCCAAAUUAAAGGCAAAUAUUUUACUUGGGAAUAUAAUGUAGUGAUAACAGUAGACAGAACUGUGCCUCACUACCAUCUUAACUGCUUGUUAGUCUCAAAGCUGGAUUAGGGAUUUCUGGGGCAGUGUUUGCUCAGCUUCCCAGUGCUUGUAGCCACCAGUUACUGAGAAGGCCUGAAUACUUCAUGUUUUUUCUCUCUGUUUUUGGCUAACAGUAGCUGAUGGCUGCUGUUAGCUACUAUAGUUUAUGUAGAGAUGAAAUGAUGAAAUUCUGAUGGUAUGUGAGUAUUUUGAAAAGUUAUAAUAAACCUAGAAAAGAACAUUUCCAUUAGAGUUAAGUAUUCAAAUUGAGUUUGUAGUUGUAUUGCCUUCUCCCUGUAAUUGGGUUAUGUUCUUUCCUCCCUGACUCAUUUUUUUUUAAUUGUAUAGAAGAACACAUAUAACCUUCACUUCACUGAAGCAGUAGAAUUAGUCGGUUCUGCUGCUGAAAUUAAGAAGAUAAGACUUCCUUGUCUGCUAGAAUUAGUACUCAUGAAACUAGCUGAAAAAUGCUGACUUUAGAAGUGCUGAAGUGUUUCCUUGAAAACUGUGUGCGUCAAAGCUAGUUUUGUUAGAUUUCUUGUAUCAAAUUCCAUUUGAAAGUAUAUUGUUAUGCUAUUUUUGGAAGAAAUAAGAAUAAUAAAAAGAAAGGGAAUACA